AUGCCUCGGAGGGCACGCAUACACUUUGUUUCCCUUCACUCAUCUCUAGUAAAUCUCCCUAUUUCCCUGUAUGGCCCAUUGCUUGAGCGUGGUGUACGUCCACAGGGACUUGCUGUUCACUUGACUCUUGUUUCUGCUCAGAAGCAAGCAGGUCGCGUGGGCACCGAAAAAAUCGAUGCAUAUGUCGGCUGGACUGGGAUGGCGUCAGCCUCGUCACUUGCGCAUUUUAACUCAACGGACGCAAGUGACCGAGGACUUGAAACAAUCGAAAUUGAUCCUCAAUACGCCGAGGCACUUGGCUUCGCUCUUGGUGAUGUGGUAGAGAUUGGCCUACUUCAUGAUCUCGGCUAUGCACAAUCAGUUGCCGCGGAACCUGUCACCCCCGAUGACUGGGAAAUCAUUGAAAUUCAUGCAUCACACGUAGAGUCUACUCUAUUAUCUCAGGUCAGAGUGGCUAUGACAGGGCAGGAAAUCAACGUAUGGGUGUUAGGACGCACCAGGGUCCGUCUCAAAAUUGCAUCCCUUGAGCCUUCGUCAGGAGAAAAGGCUCUCCUUCUCACAACCAACACCGAAGUGAGUAUCGCGCCGAAACCACACGUCAAAUCCAAAUCCUCCGUAUCGCGCAAUCCCCGCGAUGAAGCCAAGGGCCGGAACAAGCUGACAAAACUGAAUGGGAUAAACGGUCAUAGUACUGAUACGAGCAUAAGCAGUAAGGACGCGUCCGCUCGAAAAGAGGGACCAAGCAAGAAGCGAGUGCACUUUAUGCGCGUUCUUCCACGCCGUUUCUUCUCUCCGCCGGGCUCUCUUACAGACGCUUCAAACUCCGAUAGACCGAUUGUCUACGUUUCACGCGCAAUACUGAUGUCGCUCUCGCAAGACACUGGGAUGCCUACCUCUGUCUUCAGCUGGUGUGCAUCCGUCCGCAAGCUGAAACCUCCGGCCGACCCUUGUCGCGAGCAAUCGUCCACUGCGCCAGCUGUACCGCCCGCGCCUCGCAUCUUGAUCCCUAAUGGUUCCAGCGGACCGGCGCCCAGCGAUCAACCUUCCGCUGCCUCAUCCCAAGAUGAAGUUGUACUCAAGUGGUCCCCGGAAUUCUCAGUGCCUUACGGGCACGUUAUCUUUGCCCGAGGUGUUCCGGAUAUAAACGACUGGGACUUGAUUCAGAUCACCUUUAUUAGGGAGCAUGAACGCCUCCCAGACAAGUAUCCUGCUGAAAUGUCGAGCGAGAAUGGCCGGAGUAGCCAUGUUGUAAAGCUCCAGCACGGGCUGGCUGGCAUCGAUGACGUUCUUAGCAAAUGCGUCACAUUCUGUCUGACAAAUCUCGCGCUGCAUGCGUUCAGCGGGAGAAUCCGGGGAGUUCCCGGAUUGCUCGUGACUGGUCGGUCUGGAGCGGGAAAGACGUCUCUAUUGCAGACUGUUGCUAAAUUAAUACAAGAAGACCCUAAAGUCUAUGCACAUUCGCUUUAUAUCGAUCUGUCCAAAUGCUCUGAAAUGCCUGUCUCCAAAUUCCGAUCGAUGCUCAGGUACUGGAUGGACAAGGCAGCAUGGCACCGUCCGUCUUUGCUGUUAAUGGACAACGUCGACAGGCUCCUGGGCGCUGAAGCCGAGCAUGCGGAUUCGUUUCGUAAUCGACAUCUUGCAGAGUUAUUUCUUGCGAUGUUUGGCCCGUCCUCCAAGUCUGCUGCGUCAAAUGCGAAUGGUGUAGUCUUGCUGGUAGCCGCAGAGUCACAAGCAGCCUUGCAUCCGACUAUCAGCGCUUCUCAUUUAUUUCAGGAAGUUGUGUCCCUAAAACCCCCUGGAAAGGAUGCACGCAGAGACAUUAUUGCGCAACUAGUCCAGGAGCGCAUUGAUUCAUCCAACAUUGUACAGGACACCUCUAUACCCUUGAACUAUACCGCUCUGGCGACACAGACGGAGGGAUAUUCGGCCACGGACCUAAGAGAUCUAGUAGCAAGAGCGGUGCAUCGAGCCGCGAUCAGAUCCUCCCCAAAUGAGAGCGACGAUCUAUCAACCACGCUCGUACCAGAUGACUUCACUUCAGCACAAAUCGAUUUCGUCCCACACUCCUUACGCGAUGUCAAGCUGCAGAAGUCGGACAUCGAGUGGACAGACAUCGGAGGCCUGAAAGAGACCAAACAUGUGCUGCGUGAAACGUUGGAAUGGCCUACGAAAUACGGUCCGAUCUUCGCUCAGUCUCCUCUUAGGCUACGUUCGGGGCUCUUGUUGUAUGGCUACCCAGGAUGCGGCAAGACGCUCUUAGCAUCAGCGGUUGCGAGGGAGUGUGGUCUGAACUUCAUCAGCAUCAAGGGUCCCGAACUCCUCAACAAAUACAUUGGCGCGAGCGAAAAAUCGGUUCGUGACCUGUUUGAGCGGGCAAGCGCAGCGAAGCCAUGCGUUCUCUUCUUCGACGAGUUUGACUCCAUCGCGCCCAAACGAGGCCACGACAGUACCGGCGUCACUGACCGCGUCGUGAAUCAAAUGCUGACCCAGAUGGAUGGUGCCGAAGGCCUCGAUGGUGUCUACGUGCUGGCUGCUACAAGUCGACCGGAUCUGAUAGAUUCGGCGCUUCUCCGACCCGGACGCCUGGAUAAAUCGCUCUUGUGUGAUAUGCCGAAUGUCGAAGAGCGCAGAGAGGCGAGUCAAACCAAGUCUGGUGCUGGGCUACGCAUGUACGACAUCCUGGAAUGUCUUGGCCGAAAGAUCAACAUCGCGGCAUCCGUGGAUCUAGACGAACUUGCCCGCCAAACAGUGGGGUUCUCAGGGGCCGAUCUCCAGGCCCUUGUGUACAACGCCCACCUGGAAGUCAUCCACGAUACCAUCGCGCUGGCCACGUCCGCUGCCACCAGCAAUAAAGCGGAAGACGCUGAAGGUGGCGACCCUAGUCCAUUUGAGUAUGCCGUCUUGGGGCAAUCAGAAACGGACCAGAAGAGGGUGCUUUCGAGGGCGGAGGAAUCGGCGUUUCAGCGGCGGAGAGCCGCCAGCUUGCAGAUGAUACAAACAGACCGGUACGCGAUGCGCGUGUCCUACACCAGCGAGAAAUACUUGAUGACCUCACAGAAACGAGAAAUCACCGAAGAGCAUUUCCUGAAAGUAUUCCAGUCGACUCGGCCUUCGGUCCCUCCGGAAGAACGGGAGCGCCUUCGCAGAAUUUACCACGCAUUUGUGUCUGACAGAAGCGGAGAACUACCAGUGCCUCCGGAAGGCACAGAUGUGGGAAGCAGGGUGUCUCUGAUGUAG